GAAAAGGCUGGCUGAGGGAGGUGUACAGCACACAGACUAGACUGCCUUGCUGCAACUAAAUCUCUGGAUUGUGGCUUGAAGAUAUUCAAAUUAUUUCAUGGACCUGUGUUUCAAUAUUGCUCAGAGGACACGGCGUCACAAGUUUGAUUCUGCAUAAGAACCAGUAAGAAAACACCAAAACAAAUACUGUAAAGCAGAGAAACACUACGUACGGCACGGAAUUCCAGCUUGAGCAGUACAUUCAAAACAGCUUCUCGUUGAUAUGGACCGCAUGGAACUAAAGAAAGUCAACACUGACCCUGAUGAUGAGAGCAACAGUGGAGACAGCAUGGAUGGCUGCUUCAAUGAGCCAAUAGAUUCAGAAAAAGCUACCAUUAGCAGUCAAUUUGCUGAUGAAGACGACGCAGAAAGUCAAAAGUUCCUGACGAAUGGAGGUUUGGGGAGGAAGAAAUAUGAAGAGUAUCAAGAAGAAUGUCACCCAGGAACCACCUCCUUUGGGAUGUCAGUAUUUAACCUCAGCAAUGCCAUAAUGGGAAGUGGCAUCCUUGGGCUGUCUUAUGCCAUGGCCAACACUGGGAUUGUUUUGUUUGUAAUCCUCUUGCUAGGAGUAGCAAUAUUAUCACUGUAUUCUGUUCAUCUUUUAUUGCUAACGUCAAAAGAAGGAGGGUCUUUAAUUUAUGAGAAACUGGGAGAAAAGGCCUUUGGCUGGCCAGGGAAACUUGCUGCAUUUUUAUCUAUAACAAUGCAGAAUAUUGGAGCUAUGUCAAGCUACCUGUUUAUAGUGAAAUAUGAACUCCCAGAAGUAAUCCGAGCAUUCAUGGGUCUGGAGGAGAACACUGGAGAAUGGUACUUAAAUGGCAAUUACCUUGUGGUGAUUGUAUCACUGGCAAUCAUCCUUCCUCUUUCCAUGCUUAAAAAUCUGGGUUACCUUGGUUAUACCAGUGGCUUUUCUCUCACAUGCAUGGUGUUUUUCCUCGGAGUUUUGAUCUACAAGAAGUCUCAAAUCCCCUGCCCACUGCCCCUUUUGGACCCAAUUGGAGCGAACCAAACUUAUAAUACCAGCAUGCACAUGUCUCCAGCUAUGUUACACAACAGAACGGUUCAUUCUGGUGCUGACUUCGCUAUGGAAUACUCUCAUGGCGAAACCAAAGCUCCUGGAGGGCACAGCAGUGGGGUGGUUUAUGAAACUCACCACGAGGAGGAGGACAUGUGCAAACCAAAGUACUUUGUGUUCAACUCACAGACCGCUUACACAAUACCAAUCCUGGCAUUCGCAUUUGUGUGUCACCCAGAGGUGCUGCCAAUCUUCAGUGAACUGAAAGACCGUUCACGAAAGAAGAUGCAGAAUGUCUCUAACAUAUCCAUCACUGCCAUGCUUGUUAUGUAUAUGUUUUCAGCUCUGUUUGGGUAUCUUACUUUCUAUGGUAACGUGGAAGCAGAAUUGCUUCAUACCUUCACCAAAGUAUACAGGUUUGACACCCUGCUUCUCAUGGUCCGUCUUGCAGUACUGAUAGCUGUCACCUUGACUGUCCCCAUUGUCCUCUUUCCAGUCCGGUCUUCGAUUACAACCCUAUUAUUUGCCGGGAGAGAGUUCAGCUGGAUCAGGCAUUUCCUGAUUGCAGUAGUCCUGCUGGUUUUUAACAAUCUUCUGGUGAUAUUUGUGCCUACCAUUAGAGACAUCUUUGGUUUCAUUGGUUCCUCUGCUGCGACCAUGCUUAUCUUUAUCCUUCCAGCUGCGUUCUACAUUAGACUAGUGAAAAGCAUACCUCUUAAAUCACCACAAAAGAUAGGGGCACUUGUGUUCCUCGUCGUGGGAAUUGUUUUUAUGAUCGGAAGCAUGUCACUUAUUGUAAGUGACUGGAUUCACAACCCUCCCGGUUCUGGUGGCCACUAACCCAUUUGGGUUGAAAAAACAAGUAUACACUGAUGACUUGAAGCUCUUAAUGCCAUUCUCCAGGAAGCCCCCCUGGGGAAAGAGCACCUGAGGAGGGAGAUGUUGUUCCACACUCAUGUUAAAGCAGGAUCCAAGAGACUUUGUAUUAGUGCAGUACAAGUGUUCUUUCAAAGAAGAAAAAAACACAUAUCCUCUAGUAAUAGGGAGUGUUUCUAUUUAUGUUUUUAAGAAAAUUAACGCUUGUGUUUAGUUUACCUAAAGAUUAUGGGGUAGAUCUACUAAGAUGGGGCCAGUCGCAGUGCAAACACACCGCAGUUUGCAUUUUGCAUCCCAUCAGAUUCUAUGCACAACUGCACAAUGUUGGCAAUGCACAAGAAAAAGCGGACUGGGAAAUGCCAGUAACAAUUGCAACUGUUUAAAAUGUGCUUUCAAAAGUUCUUAACACAUUGAUGCAAUUGUAAGUGUCACAAUUGUCGGCAGCUUUAGUACAUCUCAUUAUAGUAUUUGUGAAUCCUCAUUCUACUCCCCCUUUUUGCGAAUUUAUGCAGGAACGCCCAUAAUUACAUAUUCAUCUAAGGUUGAACCGCAAAGAAAAACUGCUGCCGCAAAGCAUUCCCUAAAAAGUCGCUAACAGCAUUGCGUAUGUUUAGUACAUUUCACCCUAGACUUCCGGCUCGUUUGCAACAGGUUUGCGACUAUUGUAACAGGUGCAACACCUUAGUGCAUCUACCCCUAUGUGUGCAGUGUGUUUUUUUAUUUGAAUUUUUUAUUAUACAGUACUGUGCAAAAGUUUUAGGCAGGUGUGAAAAAAUGCUGUAAAGUAAGAAUGCUUUCA